AUGCCGCUCAGCGAUGAGCUGCUCGCAGAUUCAGCGACAGAGACAGACUCGACUGCCGUUCUGCCGCAGCUGAUAAAGCCUCGAGGCAGCAGCGUUCGCCAUUCUGUCAUCCAUCUCUUCGAGGACAAGAUGUUUCGAAGCCGUAGCUUCAUGGGACACAAGCGCUCGCACAGCAACACUGAAAGGCCGCCUAUGCCAGAAUCAGAUGGCAUCGUACGCACGAGCACGAUCACCGUGCAAAGCGAACACGCCAGGCCAGCGCGACCGGCGGAUGUGACACACAAGGCGCCUGCCACCUCUGCGCCUGGCAUGAAGACCGUCAGGUCAUCAGGCGCUGUCUCAACACGGAGCACAAAGUCGAGCAAUAGCGCUCGCUCGCCUUCAAGACCUCGUGCGCCCAUCUCACCUCCGAUGCCCGCCUACUCGACCUUUGAUCGUAGUACACAUGCAGCCGCUUCGCCGCCUCAGCCACCUUCAAUCCGACCGUUGCAGCCUCGGUCACACUCGCAGAUUUACUCAGCAGGAAGCUCGGAUGUCAAAAGGCCAUCAAUGCCCCGGGCAGCAUCGUCCUACACAUCAUCAGCUCGUACGAAUAGUAGCGGUACCAACAGCAGCGGCACAAACAGCAGCGGCAGUCUGUCUUCGGCUACUGACUCUAUGCUCCGCUCUGCCUCUUUCCGUACGAGCUCGUCAACAACGACGUUGGCAUCAAUGAAUGACGCAGAUGGAUUGGCGAUUGCCAGCAAAUACGGAUUCCGCGGCGCUGCCAGGACGCAAAGCAAUGCAAUCGCUCCACGUACCUUUACGCCUGCCAUGAGUUCGCCUCUGAACAGCCGGCCGGUAUCGCCAACGCGCCAUCAGCUUGCAGAUAUUCCUCUUGCACCUGGCGAGGCCAGCCCUACGACACUAUCGAGGCCGGUGUCAGCUGUGCGAAGCAGACCAUCUUCAGGCUCACUCGUGCGUCGCAAGUCUGUCAAUUCGAUCGGAGCAGAUAAAAGACUACAUCUAUUCACCAAUCUCAUUGCUCUUGUCAGUUCAGAGGCAAUGGAAUCGCUCAACAUCGACGAGAUUGUCGAGCUAGAUGAUGAGGGCAGUCAAGUCAUUGAUCUGAACAGCAAGCAAGUCAGCCAGUUUGACUUUGACGACGAUGCGGAUCGCAGCGAGGAAGAGGCAGCUCUGCCCGUUGUUGCUGGAGUGACUCUCUUUGGCAAGCUCGGCAAGAAGCUGCACACGAAGAGAAAUACCGUACCAUCCGGUCCCAAUCAGAAGGCAUUGCCAUCCGCAAUAAGUCUGCCGCUGCCGACGCCCCGUUCGCGAAAUCUCGUGUUCGGUCGAGCUCUCAAAAACUUGCCGCCUUCUGCCUUUUGCGUCAGCGUGAUUGCUGGCGAGCGUAUCGAGCUGCCCGUCAUUGUCUUCUCGACGAUCGAAGAAACGUUCUCUCGUGGCCUGCACCUGCCAAUCUUCCGCUUAGCAGGCAACGCGGCCAAUAUCGACCGCCUUGCCGAGACAUUCAGUGAAGCCCCGAACUACGGCAGCCAACGUGACUAUACUACAGAAUCAGUCGUCGAUUUGGUCGGCGUGCUAAAGCGAUGGAUGACCUCACUUUCCUCGCCUGUCUUCCAUCCGCAUCUGCUACCUCUGCUCAUCACAGAAGUCGUACAAGGCGAGACGGACAUCGAGACACGCACUGCGAUCGCUCGCAUCUCGAUUCAACUGCUGCCACCUCGCAAUUUUGGCUUGUUUGUCUAUCUAAUGGCGUUCCUCGCUCAAGUCGUUGUCCGAAGUGAGCAGAAUCGAAUGUCACCUGACGUGGUUGCGGCUAAGCUGGCAAGUGCCCUGUUCGGCACCUCCAUGGAUGGCGAUGCCGAUAGCCUCACUACUGUGCCAGCUUCUCACCUUGCCCUCAUGUUCAUAAUGGAGCAUUGGGUACGCAUCAGCGAGAACAUUAUGACUCCGACCAAGGACGAGAAGCUGGUUCGUUCAGCAUCUCAACGCGGAACGACUGCCGAAUCGAAGCGCAAGUCUGCUGCAACUAUCGCUAGUUCUCGCUACUCGUCUCACAGUAGUCGCGGGACAGCGUCCACUGGGGCCACUAGUAUCUCUGAGCCGACAAAGCGGCGACUGGAGGCCCGCAAAUCGUCAAGCGCGAUAGAUCCACUGAUGCAUGCUCGACUCCUGCAAGAUGCGGGAUCAAGCGAUGGCUUCAGUAACGACGAAGAGCACACGCCAAAGCUCAAGAGCGGAUCUUUUCGCUCUUCGCUACCCUCGCUCAUCCAUUCUGGGAUGUCAGACUCUGCCGAAAGCAAUGCAUCUGGUCAAUACUCGCCAAGAAGCCCCCCUGCAGAUCAAUCCGCUUGGCAAAGCGACAGCUAUGAUUCAAUACUGGAUCACAUACAUCUGUCAUAUCACUACGACGCUUCGGAGCAAAGCGAUAGCGAUGGAUCGCUAUUCAGUGUACGGCGUCCCCCAAAGCGAACUGCAGGCAGCACACCUUUGGCUAAGGCCGCGACGCUCAACAAUCGAGAGAUCUCAGCGCUGCUGAAGCGGCUUGAGAUCGCGGAGCACGCAGAGGCAGAGCGGCGGGCGGAGCUCGAGCGCCUGCGUCACAGCGUCGCCCUCGCAGCCAAAGAUAGAGAGAUAGAGCGCCUGCGCGCAGCAGCCGCAUACAUUUGA